AUGCGAGUUCGGGAGUGUUUUGAAGUCCCGUUUCUAGGACGUAUAACAGGCAGUGCUAGUAUUGAUACUUUGGUUAGAGUAGGAUUGGAAAAACAACAUGGUCUGAAACCAGAUUCUAGAAUGGUAGCUCAACAUGAUUUCCUACCUUGUGGACAAAACGAACUGGAAAUAUGCAAAGGACAAGACGCCUAUGUUUUAUACAGAGAAAACGAAUGGGCUUACGUUAUAACCGAAGAGGGAAGGGAAGGGUUCGUUCCAAAUUCUUUCCUCAUACCUUACAAGACUUACCAAAGACAUAGUACUGAAGUCAAUACUGUUAGUUUUAAAGGCUUGAGUGCGGAUUUUAAUACUGGACACAUUGAUUUUAAUAAGUCGGAUGCUAGUAAAUAUGUAGUAUUAUUUGAUUUAUGUGGUAUAAAAGACAACGAUAUUAGUGUUGAACAAGGAGAAGUUGUUCAAGUAUUAAAUAAAGAAGAUAAAGGAAGGAUGUGGAUAAGAAAAUCGAAUAAUAAAGAAGGAUUUAUACCAAGUUCAUAUUGUUGUUUAUUAAAACAAGAUCCAAGUAUUAAAAGUAAAGGUAAGAUGAGCGUUUGA